CGUUGUUAUCUAGCUACGUUGGUUGCUACUAAGGUUUGCUAGCUAGCUAUUAAAAUUCGGUUUAAAAUGUGUCUAUAGGCGGUUUUCUUGCAAUACCUCUGGUGUUACAGUAGCUAAAUUACAACAUGGCUCCUAAAAAGAUGCCUCCGAAGAAGGCAGGUGAUGGACCAAAGCAGCCGCCACUGAUUGGACGAUUUGGGACCUCGCUGAAGAUCGGAAUUGUUGGAUUGCCAAAUGUUGGGAAGUCGACCUUCUUUAACGUCCUGACAAAAAGCCAGGCGGCGGCAGAAAACUUCCCGUUCUGCACGAUCGAUCCAAAUGAAAGCAGAGUGCCCAUCCCCGAUGAGCGCUUCGACUUCCUCUGCCAGUACCACAAGCCUGCCAGCAAAGUGCCGGCGUUCCUGAACGUGGUGGACAUCGCUGGGCUGGUGAAGGGAGCUCAUGCCGGGCAGGGCCUGGGGAACGCCUUCCUGUCUCACAUCAGCGCCUGCGAUGGCAUAUUCCACAUGACGCGUGCGUUCGAGGACGAGGACAUCAUCCACGUGGAAGGGAACGUGGACCCGGUGAGGGACAUCGAGAUCAUCCACGAGGAGCUGCGUCUGAAGGACGAGGAGAUGAUCGGGCCAAUCAUCGACAAGCUGGAGAAGACCGCCGUCAGGGGCGGGGACAAGAAGCUCAAACCCGAAUACGACAUAAUGUGCAAAAUCAAGAACUGGGUAGCAGAUGAAAAGAAACAUGUCCGCUACUGUCACGAUUGGAACGACAAGGAGAUUGACGUGUUGAACAAAUACUUGUUUCUGACGUCCAAGCCGAUGAUUUACCUGGUCAACCUCUCGGAAAAAGACUACAUCAGGAAGAAGAACAAAUGGUUGGUGAAAAUUAAGGAGUGGGUGGACAGCCACGACCCCGGCGCUCUGGUCAUCCCCUUCAGCGGCGGCCUGGAGAACAAGCUGCAGGACAUGAGCGAGGAGGAGAAGCAGAAGUACUGCGAGGAGCACAAGACGCAGAGUGUGCUGACCAAGAUCAUCAAGAGCGGAUAUGCGGCCCUGCAGCUGGAGUACUUCUUCACAGCCGGCCCGGACGAGGUGCGAGCCUGGACCAUCAGGAAAGGAACCAAGGCCCCACAGGCAGCUGGGAAGAUCCACACGGAUUUCGAGAAGGGCUUCAUCAUGGCCGAAGUGAUGAAGUUCCAGGACUUUAAGGAGGAAGGCAGUGAGAGUGCUGUAAAGGCUGCUGGGAAAUACAGACAACAGGGCAGAAACUACACGGUGGAGGACGGUGACAUAAUCUUUUUCAAAUUCAACACGCCCAACCAGCCCAAGAAGAAGUGAUCGCCGCGGCGCUGCUGCACCUAUCAGAACGAACUGUGCUGCAAGGGGAUAAAAAAGAUGUUCUUUGUUUUAGGCAGAAUGAGACAGGAAGGCAUGAUUGCUACCUGCCAGGAAAACGGCCAUCCUUCCUGCACACCGUCACAUUAUCUCUGUUUGUUUUCGGGCCGGGGGGAAAAAAUACCGACCCCCCCCCCCCCCUUUCCCGCUAAUGCACAGAUCCGCUAAACACUGACAGCUUUGCUAUUUAAGAUUAGGGUCCCCCCACUCGAAAAUUGUAGGAGCAUUUGAAGAAGCGCAUUACUCUCCUGAUACUUCAUUAAUCUCCAUCAGCGGUGCCAGGCCUGACAUGGCUGACAGGGGGAACAAUGGGACCGGCUCCUCUCCUGCACCCACAGAUAAUGCAUGUUUUACAGUAGCCCAGAUGUCUACACUCAAUAAAACAUUUGAGAAAAAAGCCA